CUCUAAAUCAGUCGUCCUGUGUAGAGCGGGCCGAAACACGUUCUGAGAGAGUUGCAAAUUAAUGUCGAAGUCCACAAGCCAAACUAAGAUACGAAAGCGCCCUAAACGAUGUGCUUUGGGCAUAUACCACACAGGUGCUGUACUCCUGUUUAUUGGAAUACUGGUUGCUAUUGCUGGUCUGGCCACACCCAGAUUGUUUGAUGUGUACAUUUCUGAUUUGAGGAAGCCAGCUCGAUUCCUUUACGCCCGCAUUGCAGUUGGACUGUUCUCUGUGGCACCCGAGGUUAAGUGGCUUUCUUUGGAACAGGACAGUCUUCAACACGGUCUAGAGUUGACGGAUUCUCAGUGGAUUGGCGCAAAGUACGCGGUCAUCAGUGGCCUGCUGGUUGCCACUGCGUCUUUCAUAUUGCACGUGGUUUUAGCCUGUCGUUCGACUGUGCUAACAUGGAGAUCCGUAGUGUUCGAAAUAUGUGGAUUACUGAUUGCAGUUAUUGCGGUGCUUGUCGGACUCAGUCUGGCCGAAAACGAAAUCGAGUAUGUCCACGACCACGGAGAUGAAGCUUUAAAACGUUUUCUCUCGGUCAAUCAGUUGCUGUCGGAGAGCGAAUUCGAACAAGCGGGAUCAGCCAACCAAGAUCGAGUUAUCGUCGAUGCGGUUGCAACCAACCUGGCCGAAGCUAGAGGGAACUUGGAUGGUGGGGAUUUUGCCCUUUCCCUAACCGCACCUCAGAUCAACUUCGCCCUACUCAUCGCAGCUGAUUUUCUAUUUCUUGUUGCCUUUCUGUUUGUCCUCAUCUACUUCGUGCGCCUAUGUGAAAAAGCAAUAGAAACGAAUAAACAACUACGGUCUGCCCGAACAAGUAGCCUUGAUGAAGGUGCCUGAUUAGAAUACAAGGUUCACAUUGACCUUGGCGCGCCUCCUUUUCUAUCCAUACAGCAGCUCCAUUAGAUUAUUUCACUCAAUCAUGCACAUACACGCAUACACACGCUUUGUGUCGCUUUUGAGUUAUGACUCAUUUUCCAGCCAACACUAAACACCUCACUUCACCGUCUCUACUUACUAUUGAGCUAAUGAUACAAACAUGCUGUUUAUAUCUUAUCGAUCGAUAUGUACAGAGAGUUACCGGCUGACAAGCGCGGUCGUUUUUUCGCAAAUUGUUUGUAUCCAACACUAACUUGAUUGCGCCGAUUUUUUUAAAACGAGCUUGGUAGCAUUAUGGUGUUCAUGAUAGUGACGUGGUCCGGAAGAAUUGAGUGCGAUCGAUAAGUAAAUGACGACAAAUGUUCUAUUCUACGUACGCAUUUGAAGGACUAGAAUUGGUUACAUUUCGUUUUCCACUGAAAAUGUCUCUU